AUGCCGCGGGCACUCGCCACCCUACUAUUUGCAGCCUUACUGCUUCUCACCUUGGUGCAAUGCGCGAAGGUAACGAAUCCGAACAAAGUGCCCAAGAACGCCGUGCUGCUCUCGAAAGUCAACUCUCUCACAGUCCGUGCUGGCAAGCAGACGGCUUCCCGGAGAGUCUCACCAGUGCCUCAACUACAAUGCGUUGGCCCGGCCAAUGUCUGCAAGCUCUUCACGGUCGAUGUCAUGCGCUGCACAAAUGAAGGCUCAGACUACGACGCUGAGAGCGUGCAAUGGGCUUGCAAGGCCUCGCUGCCGGACGAGUUCAAGCUUGGCAGCACCGAUGUCACUUGCGAGGGCUACGAGAGUAGCGACGACCCCUAUGUCCUCAAAGGAAGCUGUGGUGUCGAAUACCGUCUGUUGCUGACUGACAAAGGUGGGGAGAAGUAUGGCAGGAAGAGCGAUCCUUGGUUCGACGAGGGUGAGCCCGGGCAGGGCAGCACGUUGUUCAAGUACAUCUUCCUGCUCACCUUCGCCGCCGUCGCUUUCAUCAUUCUAAGCAGCCUCUUUCUGCAGUGGCAACAGAGGGAUCAGCAAGGACCGCGGCGACCGCCCACUACCUGGGGUGGCUUUGGCGGAGGAGACAAUGACGACGAUGACCCGCCACCGCCGUAUGACCCAUACCCGCGCAACUACGGUUCCUCCAAGAAGUCUGCUCCUCGCUCAUCUACAUCCACGCGCCCGAGCUCCUCGCAGCCGCAGCAACAGCCAUGGCGACCUGGGUUCUGGACAGGUGCUGCUACCGGUGCGGCUGCUGGUUACUUCGCCGGCGGUCGCAAUAACACUCGCACUCAGCCAGCAGCAACACAACGAAACGGAGGCGGGCUUUUCGGAGGAGGUGGACGUACUGGUGUCAACAUGUCGCCCAGAACGUCGAGUUCUUCCUCCUCGCCCAGUUAUUCGGGCAGUCGACAUGAGUCGACUGGCUUCGGUAGCACGAGCCGAAGAUGA